UUUGCAUGAACUUGGUUCUCUUGGCGAAGAGCUGUACACCAACAGUGCUGAAACAGCAACACACAUCUAAAUGCCCAGGCUAGAGAUUGGAUAGCAUGCAACAUUUAAACUAAGAUUGCCUAUACCAAGCUAAAUAGAAUACAAAAAUAUAUUUCACUUCAAUUGACCAGACGAUAAAUAAAUAAGUCUAAAAUCCUAUACCCUUCGGUAUUUUCCGUAAAGGAGGACAUUAUACUCUGGCGCUUUGCGGAAACAUCGAAUGCGGAACAAAUUGUAUCGAGUUGCAUCGGCGCAACCCAUCAAGACAGAUAGACAGUGUUCAUCACUGUAGGAUGGACUGGCCCAUGGAUCUGCUCCCAUUGCCCCCUUUUGCUGAGCUGGGGGUCUGUCCUCUGAAUGGGCUUCUGUGGACCCUGCUGCUCCUCUUCCUAUGGUAUUGUUACAGGGUGGGCUCUGACCCGCCAGCUCCAGGCCGAGCCAUCCCAGGUAAGCACAAGUCCGGCUCCAGGCGCUCUGUGUUGUCCCGCGCCGGCAGCUGUGCUGGAGCAGUGUGCAGUGCCACAUCAAAUGUGGCCACUGGCGAUCGGGGGACUCCCUGCAUCACCAUGGAGACGGGAGAGGAGGAGCAGGGGCAAGGAUACCUGACCCCUGUGCUGAGCCAUGCCCUGUUCCCAGCCCAGGCCACAGCGAGUGGCAGGAAGCUGUAUGCAGCACUGCAGGAGUAUGCAAAACGCUACAGCUGGGCUGGCAUGGGACGCAUUCAUAAAGGACUCCGGGAGCAGGCCACAUUAAAUGAUCGCUCCUCCAUCCAAAAGCCUCAUCUCUUCUUCCUCCCAGAUGUCCCCAGCAUUCCUUUUUUCCCACGUGACGCCCAUCGACAUGACAUUGAGGUCUUGGAGGCCAACUAUCCCAUAAUCCUCGCAGAGUUUCAGGCGGUCUACCAGAGAGGCAUUGAUCCAAAGAUUGGCUGGACCGGCCUGGGACCUAAGGGCCAAGCUGUGUUCCCCUUGUACAGCGCAGGCGUGUGUGUAGCAAGGAACUGCCGCUCCUGUCCCUGCACCUACCGCACUCUUCUCUCCUUGCGCACCUUCAUAAGUAGCAACUCCCUGGGGUCAGCCGGGUUCUGGCUGCUAGGGCCUGGGGCCACACUAGGGGGAGUGUAUGGCCCCACCAAUACUCGCCUACGCUGCCACCUCGGAGUGCAGACCCCACCUCAGUGUGAGCUGGUAGUGGGAGGAGAGCCUCAGUGCUGGUCAGAGGGACACUGCCUCCUGGUGGAUGACUCCUUCCUGCACACUGUCUCCCAUAAUGGGGUGGCAGAGGACGGGCCACGGGUGAUUUUCAGUGUGGACCUCUGGCAUCCAAAUGUGGCUGCAGCAGAAAGACAGGCCCUGGACUACAUUUUCUGCCCUGACCAAUGAACUCCAACUUCCACUGUGCACAUGUUCUAGUUGUGCUCCACCCUUAUUUGAUAUGAGGGAAAGGUGCCCAAACCUAGUCUCGAGGGCUGUGCUCUUCAACCUCAAUGUUCAUCCAGUCCGAGUAUCACUGUGUGUGUCACUAGUGAAUCCACUGAAACAGUCCAAAUAGCCAAAGGAAGCUUACCCACAGACGCCAGUUCAAUGUCUUUUUUUUAUUUUUAAACCUUUAUUUAACUAGGAAAGUCAGUUAAGAACAAAUUCUUAUUUACAAUGACGGCCUACCCCGGCCAAACCCAGACGACGCUGGGUCAAUUGUGUGCCGCCCUAUGGGACUCCCAAUCACAGCCGGCUGUAAUACAGCCUGGAUUUGGUUGAGUUGUCAACUAAGCUGAAUUCACUGUGAAAAUAAAUAAAUCCCCAUGUCAUUGGAUUUCGGUAAAACGUUGGGUCAAAAAAAGACUACAAUUUCCUUAUGUUGAUGACUUCUUUAAAAUCCAUGUUGAUUCAACAUCAUGACAUAUAAUUUUUUGGGGGGAAAUGACAUAUAAACAACAUUUAUUCAACCAGUUUUUCCCAGUGGGUAGAAACAGAAUGAACGUACAGUCAUCUAAGAUCAGAACUGGUCUUUGCUGCUUUAAACUGCACACGGGCACUCACACACACAUUUGGACUGCACUAUCUUAAUAGCAAAACACACAAAUUACAUUGCGGGAUGAUCACAGCUUUUUGAUAGGUGACCUCAUGAUGCAAAUUAAUCCUCCAAUAAAACAAGUAAAUAUUUCUUAUUUUGUAGAACUGUAUCAACACAGUUUUUGCUCAACAUAUGUAAGUAACUGCAGAAACUGUGAGGGAAAAAAGUCAAUUAACCACUGUUUUAUCUAUUCAUUUUUGUUAUUUUGUUGUGCCUGUUUUCUAUCUAUUCUUUUCUCAAUUGUGCCUGAUGUUAAUUUAAGGUGACCCCUUUUGGCAUAUACUGUGAUAUAGAUAUUUAAUUUUGUUUGACUCAAUAGAUUUUUUGUGAGCUUGCAUAUAUAUAUAUAUAAACUCAGCAAAAAAAGAAACGUCCUCUCACUGUCAACUGCGUUUAUUUCCAGCAAACUUAACAUGUGUAACUAUUUCUAUGAACAUAACAAGAUUCAACAACUGAGACAUAAACUGAACAAGUUCCACAGACAUGUAACUAACAGAAAUUGAAUAAUGUGUCCAUGAACAAAGGGGGGUGGGGGGGGGAUUCAAAAUCAAAAGUAACAGUCAGUAUCUGGUGUGGCCACCAGCUGCAUUAAGUACUGCAGUGCAUCUCCUCCUCAUGGACUGCACCAGAUUUGCCAGUUCUUGCUGGGGGGAAUAGCCCUAGCCCUCACCCUCCGAUCCAACAGGUCCCAGACGUGCUCAAUGGGAUUGAGAUCCGGGCUCUUCGCUGGCCAUGGCAGAACACUGACAUUCCUGUCUUGCAGGAAAUCACGCACAGAACGAGCAGUAUGGCUGGUGGCAUUGUCAUGCUGGAGGGUCAUGUCAGGAUGAGCCUGCAGGAAAGGUACCACAUGAGUGAGGAGGAUGUCUUCCCUGUAACACACAGCGUUGAGAUUGCCUGCAAUGACAACAAUCUCAGUCCGAUGAUGCUGUGACACACCGCCCCAGACCAUGACAGACCCUCCACCUCCAAAUCGAUCCCGAUCCAGAGUACAGGCCUCAGUGUAACGCUCAUUCCUUCGACGAUAAACGCGAAUCCAACCAUCACCCCUGGUGAGACAAAACUUCGGCUCGUCAGUGAAGAGCACUUUUUGCCAGUCCUGUCUGGUCCAGCGAAGGUCGGUUUGUGCCCAUAGGCGACGUUGAUGCCGGUGAUGUCUGGUGAGGACCUACCUUACAACAGGCCUACAAGCCCUCAGUCCAGCCUCUCUCAGCCUAUUGCGGACAGUCUGAGCACUGAUGGAGAGAUUGUGCAUUCCUGGUGUAAAUCAGGCAGUUGUUGUUGCCUUCCUGUCCCGCAGGUGUAAUGAUCGGAUGUACCGAUCCUGUGCAGGCGUUGUUACACGUGGUCUGCCACUGCGAGGACGAUCAGCUGUCCGUCCUGUCUCCCUGUAGCGCUGUCUUAGGCGCCUCACAGUACGGACAUUGCAAUUUAUUGCCCUGGCCACAUCUGCAGUCCUCGUGCCUCCUUGCAGCAUGCCCAAGGCACGUUCACGCAGAUGAGCAGGGACACUGGACAUCUUUCUUUUGGUGUUUUUCAGAGUCAGUAGAAAGGCCCCUUUAGUGUCCUAAGUUUUCAUAACUGUGACCUUAAUUGCCUACCGUCUGUAAGCUGUUAGUGUCUUAACGACCGUUCCACAGGUGCAUGUUCAUUAAUUGUUUAUGGUCCAUUGAACAAGCAUGGGAAACAGUGUUUAAACCCUUUGCAAUGAAGAUCUGUGAAGUUAUUUGGAUUUUUACGAAUUAUCUUUGAAAGACAGGGUCCUGAAAAAGGGACAUUUCUUUUUUUGCUGAGUUUAUAUAUAUACAGUACCAGUCAAAAAAUGUUGGACAUUCAAGGAUUUUUCUUUAUUUUUACUAUUUUCUACAUUGUAGAAUAAUAGUGAAGACAAACUUUUAAAUAACACAUAUGGAAUCGGGUAGUGACUAAAAAGUGUUAAACAAAUCAUAAUAUACACUGCUCAAAAAAAUAAAGGGAACACUUAAACAACACAAUGUAACUCCAAGUCAAUCACACUUCUGUGAAAUCAAACUGUCCACUUAGGAAGCAACACUGAUUGACAAUACAUUUCACAUGCUGUUGUGCAAAUGGAAUAGACAAAAAGUGGAAAUUAUAGGCAAUUAGCAAGACACCCCCCAAAACAGGAGUGAUUCUGCAGGUGGUGACCACAGACCACUUCUCAGUUCCUAUGCUUCCUGGCUGAUGUUUUGGUCACUUUUGAAUGCUGGCGGUGCUCUCACUCUAGUGGUAGCAUGAGACGGAGUCUACAACCCACACAAGUGGCUCAGGUAGUGCAGUUCAUCCACGAUGGCACAUCAAUGCGAACUGUGGCAAAAAGGUUUGCUGUGUCUGUCAGCGUAGUGUCCAGAGCAUGCAGGCGCUACCAGGAGACAGGCCAGUACAUCAGGAGACGUGGAGGAUGCCGUAGGAGGGCAACAACCCAGCAGCAGGACCGCUACCUCCGCCUUAGUGCAAGGAGGUGCACUGCCAGAGCCCUGCAAAAUGACCUCCAGCAGGCCACAAAUGUGCAUGUGUCAGCAUAUGGUCUCACAAAGGGUCUGAGGAUCUCAUCUCGGUACCUAAUGGCAGUCAGGCUACCUCUGGCGAGAACAUGGAGGGCUGUGCGGCCCCACAAAGAAAUGCCACCCCACACCAUGACUGACCCAAAGCCAAACCGGUCAUGCUGGAGGAUGUUGCAGGCAGCAGAACGUUCUCCACGGCGUCUCCAGACUCUGUCACGUCUGUCACAUGUGCUUAGUGUGAACCUGCUUUCAUCUGUGAAGAGCACAGGGCGCCAGUGGCGAAUUUGCCAAUCUUGGUGUUCUCUGGCAAAUGCCAAACGUCCUGCACGGUGUUGGGCUGUAAGCACAACCCCCACCUGUGGACGUCGGGCCCUCAUACCACCCUCAUGGAGUCUGUUUCUGACCGUUUGAGCAGACACAUGCACAUUUGUGGCCUGCUGGAGGUCAUUUUGCAGGGCGCUGGCAGUGCACCUCCUUGCACAAAGGCGGAGGUAGCGGUCCUGCUGCUGGGUUGUUGCCCUCCUACGGCCUCCUCCACGUCUCCUGAUGUACUGGCCUGUCUCCUGGUAGCGCCUGCAUGCUCUGGACACUACGCUGACAGACACAGCAAACCUUUUUGCCACAGUUCGCAUUGAUGUGCCAUCGUGGAUGAACUGCACUACCUGAGCCACUUGUGUGGGUUGUAGACUCCGUCUCAUGCUACCACUAGAGUGAGAGCACCGCCAGCAUUCAAAAGUGACCAAAACAUCAGCCAGGAAGCAUAGGAACUGAGAAGUGGUCUGUGGUCACCACCUGCAGAAUCACUCCUGUUUUGGGGGGUGUCUUGCUAAUUGCCUAUAAUUUCCACCUAUUGUCUAUUCCAUUUGCACAACAGCAUGUGAAAUGUAUUGUAUUGACUUGGAGUUACAUUGUGUUGUUUAAGCGUUCCCUUUAUUUUUUUGAGCAGUGUAUUUUAGAUUAUUCAAAGUAGCCACCCUUUGCCUUGACAGCUUUGCACACUCUUGGCAUUCUCUCUGCCAUCUUCACCUGGAAUGUUUAUCCAAGAGCCUUGAACGAGUUCCCACAUAUGCUGAGCACUUGUUGGCUGCUUUUCCUUCACUCUGUGGUCCAAUUCACCCCAAACCAUCUCAAUUGGGUUCAGGUUCUGGUGAUUGUGGAGGCCAAGUCAUCUUAUGCAGCACUCCUUCACCCUCCUUCUUGGUAAAAUAGACCUUACACAGCCUGGAGGUGUGUUGGGCCAUUGUCCCGUUGAAAAACAAAUGAUUGUCCCACUAAGUGCAAACCAGAUGGGAUGGCGUAUCACUGCAGAAUGCUGUGGUAGCCAUGCUGGUUAAGUGUGCCUUGAAUUCUAAAUAAAUCACAGACAGUGUCACCAGCAAAGCACCCUCACACCAUCACACCUCCUCCUCCAUGCUUUAUGGUGGGAACCACACAUGUGACGAUUAUCCGUCCACCGACUCUGCAUCUCACAAAGACACGGCGGUUGGAACCAAAAAUAUAAAAUUUGAACUCAUCAGACCAGAGGGCAGAUUUCCACCGGUCUAAUGUCCAUUGCUGCUGUUUCUUUGCCCAAGCAGGUCCCUUCUUCUUAAUGGUGUCCUUUAGUAGUGGUUUCUUUGCAGCAAUCGACCAUGAAGGCCUGAUUCACGCAGUCUCCUCUGAACAGUUGAUGUUGAUGUGUCUGUUACUUGAACUCUGUGAAGCAUUUAUUUGGGCUGCAAUUUCUGAGGCUGGUAACUCUAAUGUACUUAUCCUCUGUAGCAGAGGUAACUUCCUGUGGUGGUACUCGUGAGAGCCAGUUUCAUCAUAGCUCUUGAUGGUUUUUGCGACUGCACUUGAAGAAAUGUUCAAAGUUCUUGACAUUUUCCAGGUUUUGACUGACCAUCAUGUCUUAAAGUAACGAUGGACUGUCAUUUCUCCUUGCUUAUUUGAGCUGUUCUUGCCAUAAUAGGGUCUUGGUCUUUUACUAAAUAGGUUUAUCUUCUGUAUACCAUCCCUACCUUGUCACAACACAACUGAUUGGCUCAAUGCAUUAAGAAGGAAAGAAAUUCCACAAAUUAACUUUUAACAAGGCACACCUGUUAAUUCAAAUACAUUCCAGGUGACUACCUCAUGAAGCUGGUUGAGAUGAUGACAGCUUUGCACACUCUUGGCAUUAAGGCAAGGGUGGCUACUUUGAAGAAUCGAAAAUCGAAAAUAUAUUUUGAUUUGUUUAACACUUUUGGUUACUACAUGAUUCCAUAUGUGUUAUUUCAUAGUUUUGAUGUAUUCACUAUUCUACAAUGUAGAAAAUAGUAAAAUAAAGAAAAACCCUGGAAUGAAUAGGUGUGCCCAAACUUUUGACUGGUACUGUAUAUACAAAAUCAUGUGGAAUUGAAAAGCGUAGUCUGUAAGAACAAAUCAUAGCACUGAUGAAGCAUGUUCUGCACUGUAUGUGAAUAUGCAGCUAAUAAAAGUGUCCAAAUAUCCUCUCA